CCGCUUAUCGUGUGCUUCUUGUGCUGCUACUGCUUCUAUAAGCUAAACCUACCCCUCCUAUAUAGCGCUGCAUACCCUGUUGUAUUACACUAAUAUAUGUCAUCACUGGAGUGAGGACUAACCUUCAAGCAAGGAGAAUUCAAGCCGCAGAACUCUGCGGUGGGCUGGUGACCGAUCGGCAGACGGUCGUAGUUGGUCCGAAAUUAUCCAUCACAUCUUUCUAACUUCGAUUUCAGCUAACUGAAAAGGAGGUGUCUGGAAAAGGCAUUGGGGGUCCUGUUUUCAUCAGUUCACCAUGCACAGCUCUGAUGGGGAUUCGGAUAGUUCGGGUACGAGGUUCAACCUACGGCCGCGCUCUUUACGAAAACGUCUGAGCCAAGCUCAGAGCGUAGGUCCAAAAGAAAAAGCCCGUCCGGCUCCGCUGUCGAAGUACCGCCGAAAAACAGCCAACGCCCGCGAACGUUUCCGGAUGCAGGAAAUCAACGAUGCUUUCGAGCGGUUAAAAAGCAUGGUGCCCGGAGUACCGAACGAGGACGAUUCGAAACAGCUGACGAAAAUUACAACGCUUCGCCUUGCCAUGAACUACAUUAACGCGUUGAGCCGGGUACUGGCAGAGGCUGAAAGUGCGCACCCGUCCACCGAACGAAUGGAUCUGACCCUGGACGAACUGUAUGGAGACAUCCAGGAACUGAUAGCUUCGGAUGGCACCGAAUUCGGUGGAUACAGCGAUGGUUCCAUCUGAUCAGAGGAAUGAGACUCUAUGCUAACGGGAAGAGCUGAAUUCGAGGACUAAUGUAUACAAACAAUCUGUCAGCGAACAGUAUACACCGAGCCACAGGUAUUGACGAGAAAAGCCGGAAAAUGAAUCAGUAAAUCCAGAGCCAUCGAGAAAUAUCCGUGUUCGCCAGAGAGACCGAACGUUGAGAUUAACAAAUGCAUAUAUGUUGAAGGCGUGACAGCAUUUAAAAGAAGUUGAAUGCGAGAGUGAAUUCAUAGGUGCCAUCUAGUGGAUAUAACUGUGUCUACUGCUAAUCUAGUCGCUCGCUGCAAAUCGCUCAUAUUUUUUUUUCGUAACUUCAAUAACAACAAGUAUUAGGUAGCAGGAAGAGACGAGUAUGCCGAGACCCGUUUCCGUGUACGUCGUAACAAUCGCCCUCCGGUGUCCAGGUAGAAGGAAAUGGAAACGAAUUUAUACCCGAGGCGGGAAUUGACCGUGCCAGUCAAAUCGACCAUGCAAUAAAACUUUGGUCUGUGAAGCUUUAAUGGAGAGCCGGGAUUUGCCACAUACACAAACGAAGAAUGAAACGGCCAUCCGGUUGCUCUAUGUACAUUUACCUGUAAAGGUGUAGGUAUUACGGCGAAAUCAGGACAGAGUCGGGAGUAGCAAAAUUUCAAGGUAGCCACAUUAGCAAUAACAGUAGUAAUAACGAUGACAAUAAUGAGGCAUUUAUCUUAGGGGCAUGUAAAAUGCCAGCCCUUUGACAAAUCCAAGGUGCACACCAUUUUCUGUGCAAUGUGCCAAUAUGAUGAGUGCCUGGGCCUGCCAACACAAAGGACGUGCAUCGGUUUCUAUAAAAGGUUUUGUGACAUAAUCAUACAUUCGUAGUGCAAUAGUAAUAUCUAUGAUAAGGUUGUAUUGUCUUUCGUACGUGACCGCCAACAGAUAGCAUGUAUAUAGAAAUAUCUACUUUACAAAUAUCCUCAUUCGAGCAAGCAUGCGAACGCCAACAGUAUACAGAUAACAUUAAUAUGUAUGUUUACUAUAAUCAAUAACUGUAUUGAUGUGAAUAAAAAAUAUAUAUAUAUAUUUGUA